AUGGUUGUAUUUCAUGUGAUACAUCGUCCAGUUCAUACUGAAUCAUCGAAUAGUAAUAACACUGGUAUCCAUUCACAAUAUUUCAUGCCACGUUAUCAUUAUUCAAAAGUAACAUCAUCUAAUUCACCAACUGGAUCUUUAUUAUUAGAUGAUAGAAAUGGUUUCUUAUCAAAUGGAAAUAAUACAAAUACUAUGACAAGCACAAAAUCAUUUAUACCGCUUGUUACAAAUAAAAUAUUUCCAAAAAUAAACAAUAGCAAUAGUACGAGUUUAAAAAGUGAAUAUAUACAAAUUCCUGUUAUAAGAGAAGAAACAAAAGACAAACAACCAUCAACAACUACAACUAAUACGACAUCUUCUAUUGAAAGAACCACACCAAUUACUUAUUAUGUUAGUGAAACAAAUAUUCCAACAAAUAAUUAUUCUAAAACAUUAACGAAUCCACUUCGUUCACAAAAUUGGCGUACAUCAAAAUAUUUCCAAUACGACAAUAAUAAUAACAACAAUGUCAAAGAUGAGAGCAUUACGAAAUUGACAGAUGAAAAUAAAUUUCCAUUAAUCACAGCAAAACCACCAUUAGCAACUAAUCGUCGUUUGAAUUUACCCGAUGCAUUCAAUGGGACAUUAAACGAAACUGAUUCAACAACAUCUCCGAAUUCUAACGAUAAUCAUUAUCAAAUUCCAGUAUCAAAUGUUCGAGUGAAUAUCCCCGUCACAUUAGAUCACAAUUCAUCAGCGAACAACUCGAAUAAUUCCUCAACCGAUACUACUCAUCUCGCAUCAUCGAAGCAAGUACCAUUGCGCCCACCUAAUAUAACGAUACCAGUCUCACCAUUGAUACCUAGUUCAUCGAUCUCACGUAUAUCAAGUGCGAUAUCAAAAACACCUAAUUCACCUUUACUGACACGACAAAAAAACGAUUCAGAACGAACAACAUUAUUUCCAUGGAUCGAUACACCACCGGUUAUUGUACCACGUCGUACCGAACGAGCAGAAGUAAUGGCUCGUGAAGCAAUUCAAGGUAUAAAUCGUUUCCAAAGUGGUCGUUCAAGUUUAGAUAACACACGAUCACCGGCAUUAUCGCGUCGUGUUAUUAUUAAUCUAAAAAAUAAUCAAUCUGUAGUACUUGAUAGUCGUUUAUCAUCGGCUACUGCUCAAAAUGCCAGAGCACAUAAUAGAUCACCAGUAAAUAAACAACAAAGAUUUACACGAUUACCGUCAGAUUCUGAACAAAAUGAGGAUAUAAAAACCGAGAAUCAAUCAACAACAACGAACAAUUUAUUUCACAUACCUGUUUUACAUGAAAUUCAAAUAUCAUCGUCUGACAAUGAAAUUCGACGACCAUUUAGUGCCGCUCAAAUGAAUUAUAAAAAUGAAUUUCGUUUAGAAUUACCAGUAACAAUAUUAAAUACUCAAGAAAAUUCAACAAGUAAUGGAGUUAACGAUCCAAAUGGUGGUGAUGAAAAUAUUUUAAUAAAUGUUGAUCAACGAUUUCGUUCACCAAGACGAUCAUUGAAUAAUUGUUUCAAUGAUAUUUGUUUACCUGGACCAUCAACAACAACAACAUCAUCUUAUCAAUUAAAAUCAAUUUUAAAACGAUCAUCUUCAAGAGAUGCUAUAUCACGAAAAAGUGUCAGUUUCAUGACAUAA